UCUUAAUAGUGAUUUCCACAUAUGGCUGAAGCUUUCAUUCAAGUUCUGCUAGACAAUCUCACUUCUGUCCUCAAAGGAGAACUUGUAUUGCUUUUCGGUUUUCAAGAUGAGUUCCAAAGGCUUUCAAGCAUCUUCUCUACAAUCCAAGCUGUCCUUGAAGAUGCUCAGGAGAAGCAACUCAACGACAAGCCACUAGAAAAUUGGUUGCAAAAACUCAAUGCUGCUACAUAUGAAGUCGAUGACAUCUUGGAUGAAUAUAAAACUGAGGCCACAAGAUUCUUGCAGUCUGAAUAUGGCCGUUAUCAUCCAAAGGCAAUCCCUUUCCGUCACAAGGUUGGGAAAAGGAUGGACCAAGUGAUGAAAAAACUGAAUGCAAUUGCUGAGGAAAGAAAGAAUUUCCAUUUGCAAGAAAAGAUUAUAGAGAGACAAGCUGCUACACGGGAAACAGGUUCUGUGUUAACUGAACCACAAGUUUAUGGAAGGGACAAAGAAAAUGAUGAGAUAGUGAAAAUCCUAAUAAACAAUGCUAGUGAUGCCCAAAAACUCAGAGUCCUCCCAAUACUUGGUAUGGGGGGACUAGGAAAGACAACUCUUUCCCAAAUGGUCUUCAAUGAUCAGAGAGUAACUGAACAUUUCUAUCCCAAACUGUGGAUUUGUGUCUCCAAUGAUUUUGAUGAGAAGAGGUUGAUAAAGGCAAUAGUAGAAUCUAUUGAAGGGAAGUCACUCAGUGACAUGGACUUGGCUCCACUUCAAAAGAAGCUUCAAGAGUUGCAGAAUGGAAAAAGAUACUUGCUUGUCUUAGAUGAUGUUUGGAAUGAAGAUCAACAGAAGUGGGCUAAUUUAAGAGCAGUGUUGAAGGUUGGAGCAAGUGGUUCAUUUGUUCUAACUACUACUCGUCUUGAAAAGGUUGGAUCAAUUAUGGGAACAUUGCAACCAUAUGAAUUGUCAAAUCUGUCUCCAGAGGAUUGUUGGUUUUUGUUCAUACAGCGUGCAUUUGGACACCAAGAAGAAAUAAAUCCAAACCUUGUGGAUAUCGGAAAGGAGAUUAUGAAAAAAAGUGGUGGUGUGCCUCUAGCAGCCAAGACUCUUGGAGGUAUUUUGCGCUUCAAGAGAGAAGAAAGAGAAUGGGAACAUGUGAGAGACAGUCCGAUUUGGAAUUUGCCUCAAGAUGAAAGUUCUAUUCUGCCUGCCCUGAGGCUUAGUUACCAUCACCUUCCACUUGAUUUGAGACAAUGCUUUGUGUAUUGUGCGGUAUUCCCGAAGGACACCAAAAUGGCAAAGGAAAAUCUAAUCGCUUUCUGGAUGGCACACGGUUUUCUUUUAUCGAAAGGAAAUUUGGAGCUAGAGGAUGUAGGUAAUGAAGUAUGGAAUGAAUUAUACUUGAGGUCUUUCUUCCAAGAGAUUGAAGUUAAAGAUGGUAAAACUUAUUUCAAGAUGCAUGAUCUCAUCCAUGAUUUGGCUACAUCUCUGUUUUCAGCAAACACAUCAAGCAGCAACAUUCGUGAAAUAUAUGUUAAUUAUGAUGGAUAUAUGAUGUCGAUUGGUUUCGCUGAAGUGGUGUCUUCUUACUCUCCUUCACUCUUGCAAAAUCUUCCAAAGAGAUUAUGCAAGCUUCAAAAUCUGCAGACUCUUGAUCUACAUAAUUGCUACUCUCUUUCUUGUUUGCCAAAACAAACAAGUAAACUUGGUAGUCUCCGAAAUCUUUUACUUGAUGGCUGUUCAUUGACGUCAACGCCACCAAGGAUAGGAUUGUUGACAUGCCUUAAGUCUCUAAGUUGCUUUGUUAUUGGCAAGAGAAAAGGUUAUCUACUUGGUGAACUAAGAAACCUAAAUCUCUAUGGCUCAAUUUCAAUCACAAAACUUGAGAGAGUGAAGAAAGGAAGGGAUGCAAAAGAAGCUAAUAUAUCUGUUAAAGCAAAUCUGCACUCUUUAAGCCUGAGUUGGGAUUUUGAUGGAACACAUAGAUAUGAAUCAGAAGUUCUUGAAGCCCUCAAACCACACUCCAAUCUGAAAUAUUUAGAAAUCAUUGGCUUCAGAGGAAUCCAUCUCCCAGACUGGAUGAAUCAAUCAGUUUUGAAAAAUGUUGUCUCUAUUACAAUUAGAGGUUGUGAAAACUGCUCGUGCUUACCACCCUUUGGUGAGCUGCCUAGUCUAGAAAGUCUAGAGUUACACACGGGGUCUGCGGAGGUGGAGUAUGUUGAAGAGAAUGCUCAUCCUGGAAGGUUUCCAUCCUUGAGGAAACUUGUUAUAUGCGACUUUGGUAAUCUGAAAGGAUUGCUGAAAAAGGAAGGAGAAGAGCAAUUUCCUGUGCUUGAAGAGAUGACAAUUCACGGGUGCCCUAUGUUUGUUAUUCCGACCCUUUCUUCUGUCAAGACAUUGAAAGUUGAUGUGACAGAUGCAACAGUUUUGAGGUCCAUAUCUAAUCUUAGGGCUCUUACUUCGCUCGACAUUAGCAGUAACUAUGAAGCUACUUCACUCCCAGAAGAGAUGUUCAAAAACCUUGCAAAUCUCAAAGACUUGACUAUCUCUGACUUCAAGAAUCUCAAAGAGCUGCCUACCUGCCUGGCUAGUCUCAAUGCUUUGAAUAGUCUGCAAAUUGAAUAUUGUGACGCACUAGAGAGUCUCCCAGAGGAAGGGGUGAAAAGUUUAACUUCACUCACCGAGUUGUCUGUCAGUAACUGUAUGACGCUAAAAUGUUUACCGGAGGGAUUGCAGCACCUAACAGCCCUAACAACUUUAAUAAUUACUCAAUGUCCAAUAGUGUUCAAGCGGUGUGAGAGGGGAAUAGGAGAAGACUGGCACAAAAUUGCUCACAUUCCACAUUUGACUAUAUAUGUGUGA